AUGGCGAUAAUAAAAAAAAAAAAAAAAACGAAAGUUACUGAAACCAUCAAAUCUGGUACACAAUCUUCUAGUGCAAGCCAAACUAUUUCUAUUCCUCAAUGUUUGGUAUGUGGAGAAAAACUUAGGAACGAAUGUAUGGUACCUAGUAAAUUAAAAAGGCAUUUUACUACUAAACACGGACAUUUGUUAAAUAAAGACAAAACUUAUUUUAGCCGCUUAUUAUCAUCAAAUCCUCACACUAUAGCUGAAAAUUUAAUAUUACCAGCUUGCAAAGAAAUUGUAAAAUCAAUGUUAGGUGAGAGUGCUGAGAAGGAAGUUUCUCGUGUUCCAUUAUCAAAUAACACAAUAUCUCGACGAAUUGACGAUAUGUCUUCCGACAUUCAAAAACACGUUUCUGAAAUUUUAUGUGAUGGCCGAAAAAUUUCAUUACAAAUUGACGAAUCGACCGAUAUUAGUCAAAAAUGUCAAUUAUUAAGUUAUGAGCUUAAAAAUGUUCUUGAUUUGAUAAUUAAAAUGGUAAAUUAUACGAAAUCAAGAGCUCUUAAAACACGAAUUCUCAAAAAAAUAUGUGAAGAAGCUGGUUCUCGUUAUGAAAUUUUAGUUUUACAUACUGAAAUUCGAUGGUUAUCAAAAGGUAAGGUUUUAAACAGAUUUUAUGAAAUGAAAAAUGAAUUGUUGCAAUUGUUCAAUAAUGAAGACCCAAACAGCGAUUUCGUAACUCAGUUAAAUAAUCCAUUAUGGUCUGCAAAACUUGCUUAUCUAGCUGAUAUUUUUAACCAUUUAAGUAUCCUUAAUUCCAAUAUGCAAGGUAAAGAUGAAAACAUACAUGUAUUAAUGUAUUCAUGUAUUAACAUCGUCUGA